UUGGCCCUUAAAAAAACCUAAUAGAAACUUUGAAAUAUCUAAACAAUUUAGGUGUUCCUCUUUUCUCUUCUCUUGGAGCACAAAAAAGGUUACAAGUAAUUAAUAACCGAAAGACUAAACCAUGAAAUCUCUUACCUUAAUCUUCACAUUCUCCAUCAUUGCUACCUUCUCACAUGCAACACCAUCAUUAUUGGUCACUCUCCUUCAUACCCAACAAAUUAAUGAGACUGCACUAUCAAGUGGUAGCUGUAUUUACAAGAUCAUCAUAACAACAAGCUGCAGUUCUCCAAGACUUACAACAGAUGCAAUCGAUAUUUUAAUUGGAGAUGCUGAUGGCACUCAGAUUUUUGCAAGUCCAGAUCCUAACACGGGGUUGUUCAAGCAGUGUGCGACGGAUAUAUUUGCAGUACAUGCAGAUUGUAUAGGAAAAAUCUGCAAUAUGCACUUUGUUAGUGUUGGAAGAGAUGGUUGGAUACCAGAGACCGCCAUCGUAUACCACCGUGACUACCCUCCUAUCACCUUCAACUUCGACUCUUUCCUUCCUUCAGGUGGUCCCUUUGGCGUCAAUUAUUGCGAACACUAUUAAUUACUAGAAUUAAUUAAUAUGCUUAUUAUAUUUCGUCAAAGAUCAAAUGUCAAGAAGCAUAUAGAAGCAGUGUAAUACGUAUUAGGGCUAGCUAGGUAGGCUCGAAUAAGGUUCCUUUCUAAUUACUGUUUGUUUUUACCAGCUAAUAACUGUUUUAAUACGGAAGAAAAACUAAGAAAUAAACAAAUUUCUUUAAAAAAUAUAUUGAAUGAUCAAGUUACAUUUUUUUAUGAGA